GGCGGGGAGGGUAUCAGCGCCUGGAAGGGGAGAAGGCGACUUCCAGGAAAGGUCCCCUCCCUUCCCGGACCCCCGAGGAGCCCAGCGGCGGGGGCACAGCAGGCAGGGGCAAAGUCGGGGAGCUCGGCAGAAUCCGGCGGGAUCCAGGGAUGGCUAGCGUGGGAGUGGAGAGAGACGGUUAGGGUUCACUCCUGCAUCCCCAGGACCCCAAUUUCUUAAAGACAGGGGUGGUGAGCCUUCCUACCCUGACAACGUAGCAUACAUCUGAGUUGGCUGCAUCAACAGAGGUAGUCGCUUCGCGGUUCUGUCUAGUUCUCUUUCCUCCUUCAACAUCUUUUCUGUCUUUCCUUGACUCUUUAUCUCACUCCAUUCUCUUCCCCUUCUCCUCACAGCCAGAGGCAGAGGGCAGCCUCCUUGGGUGGCUCCACCUUCACCCCUACUGGAGGUAGGCAGGACAAGCAAGUCUCUGAAGCCCCAAAACCGCAACUGACUUACUCAGACCUGAGCCUGGUUCCGGAUUUGCCCUAGGCUCUUCAGGCCUGGACCACUCUUCCAGGACAAUCUCUGCCCAGAUACAGCAUCCAGGAUACGAGGGAUUGAGGCAGUUUAGUGCAGUCAGUCUGUCUGUCCCACUCUUCCUCUCACUACACUCAAAGUGAAGGACCAGGGCCUCCAGGACCUGCUAGCCCCUGGGUGACUCUAGGAGUGUCAGGGAAGUGCUGCAGCUGCUUCCACAGACCCGGACCCUCCUGAUCCCACCUGUGAACACACAAAACACCUGUACUCUGCCAGACAGUCUGUCUCAUGGUGUGUCCUUCCCCCACUUUUGAAUUGCCUUUAGUUUCUGCAUCCUGUGCCUGUGGAGUCUCUCCCUUGGACCCCAAAGUCUCAGGUAUGGUGGUGCCCUGGGGGCCAGGGUGCAGACAGCUGAAGGAGAGGCUCCAGAGCAGGAAGCUCUCCUUGCCCCAACUAUUCCCCUCCUUGCUUUGGGCCUGGAAGGAAGCACGCUGGGAACGGGUGGAGUGCAUCUCCAGAGGCAGGCCCUGCUGGGCUGGGCUGGGCUGACCCCUCCCCAACCGGGGGCGGGACCCCAGGAGGGCCUGAGAGCUAAGCCUCUGGAGAAGACCAGACACUCAAGAGACGAUAUGGCGGGAACUAGUCUAGGGGGGCGCCUCCGCCGGCAGAUCAAGGGAAAUCCAGCGCUCAUCCCGAUGAUGGGCUUCAUCUGCCUGGGCAUGGGCAGCGCUGCGCUCUAUCUGCUGCGACUCGCCCUGCGCAGCCCCGACGUCUGCUGGGACAGAAAGAACAACCCAGAACCCUGGAAUCGCCUGAGUCCCACUGACCAAUACAAGUUCCUCGCAGUUUCCACUGACUAUAAGAAACUGAAGAAGGACCGCCCCGAUUUCUAAGCCAGGCUGAAAUCCUCGCCGGGUACAAACCACAGCCCGCAGACCCACUAAUUUCUUCCACUUGCAGCUGCCCUCAGCCCUCCAGAGCACCACUCUGGCCACCCAGUCCAGCUCCGCUUAUACAGGCUGGGUUCCCACACAAAUGGGAAGCAGCUCCAGCCCUACUUUCCUCCCUGCUCCCAGCAGAGGAAGUGCCUCUGACCCUCUGCUUGAGUCCCACGGUGGGGGGCGGGGAGGAGGGAAGGACUGGCAGGCAGCAGUGGGGUUGACCCAAAGGCCCAAGCCAGCCACUCCCCCACCUCCCAUCGGGCCUUGCAGGGUGUAACCUGGGCUACAUGUAAUGCGUGGCCAAUGUGAGGCCGGAGAGAGAGCAGGGGCCUCUGAGUGCCUCUGAGUGCCAAGCUACGUGGCGGAUCCCAUGUUAGCUAACUCUGGGCACUGGCCAAGGGGUGGCACUGCUCUGACCAGGCUGGGCUCGCCAGGGGCUGCUCAGCCUAUGCUAGAUGUUGUACCUAGACUUGGGAGGGGCAGCUUGCUCCUACUGGUGCCUAAGCCUGAUGGGCUGCCUCCCUCAUGGACAGGCACCCCUCCCCCUUGCACCUGGGCCUCCCCCUGCCGCUCCCCACCCCUCCCUCGCUCCGCUUGUCCCCAGAGAUCAAACAGAAGCAGCCGUGGGCAAAAUACAAUUUCAUUUAACAAAUUGAAUUUGCUGCACCUGCUAAUCACGUCUGGUGUCAGCUCUGAUCAGAGACAAAGAGAGGAGGCUACAGCCCCCGGGGGUCCUGUGGUGGUAGUGGUGGGAUAGAAACUCAGGGCGGGUUAGUAUUUUAUUAGAUAAAAAUAGGAAGGAAGGUGCUUACCCACACCUUCCUCUGGCUCAGAAGGAUAACUAGCGCCUCCC